AUGGCUGCAAAAGAGAAAAAGUUAACAGUCACAAAGCAUCUUAAGGAUAAUCAAGGGGAAAAAGAUAAACCACCUGAAAUCCAAAAAGGGAAACGUGGUCGAAAGCCGAAUUCCGUUACUGACGUGAAAUUGUCUCCAGAGCAGAAAACACCACCAGGAAGGAAAAAAAGAAAAGAAAAUGUUCAAGAUGGCCGUAGUACGCCGGUUUCGAAGAGAGCAAGGAGAUCCAUUGUCGACCAAGAUGAAAGUAAUUUUGCUGCUAAAACCCCACCACCUUCGGGUCAUCAUAAGUUUAAAAAAGCACAUUUGGAAAAAGAAUUGGGCGACCUUUUGGAAAAUGCCACGGGGCGAAACACGCCUUUACUCCCUAGGAAUAAAAAAAUAAAUGAGAAAGAAGAGGAAAGUGUAGAUAGUGCGGAUGAAAAAAGUGGUGGAUUAUAUAUAAAUAAGACUAGAAAAAAUAAUAAUAAUGAAAAAGACACGGACGACGAAAAUGUUUCACUUAAAAGUUUUUCAACUCUUUUACGAACGAGGAAAAAUGUAGAAAAUAAAGAAGUUGAAGAUGAUGUAUUGUCCGUUAGAAGUGUUAACUUAAAAUCUAAAAAGGUAGAGGCUAGUGAAGAUGAUUCAUCGUCUAUUAGGAGUUUGCUCCGUCCAAAUAUCGUUAGUAAACCUGGUCGGAAAAAGAAAUGCGUUUUGACGGCGAUAGCGGUUAAGAAAAAAAUAUUCAUUAGAAGAGGGAGACCAAAGAAAACAAAAGACAUAGUCGAGGGAAAGGGUAAACAUAUGGAAGAGAAAAGAGUUGGAAGAAUUAAGGUUAUGGAUAAGAAUAUAGGCGAACCAAAACAGAAAAGAAUUAUUAAGAAACCGUUGAAAUUUCAAAGUAAAAUGAAAAAUGAUCAAACUAGGUUGCGUUCAAGCAUAGCGCUCAAAAAUCAAAAAUUAGAAAAGGCUAAACUUAAGUUGUCUGAUAAACUUCAAGUCAACAAGCAGAAAUCUGAUUUGGAUGAUGUCAUUGUAGACCAAUCAAGCAAAGAAAGACUGAAAAACGAGGGUCAAUCUGUAACCUAUGCAAAAUCGGAUACCUCGGUUUUGUCAGAUGCGGACUGCGAAGUAUCAAAGAAAAAGAAAAGUGGAAUGCGUAAGAGAAAAAUGCGAAGCGAUGGAAGAAACGAAGAUAUCAAUUCGGAAAAUUCUGAUAAAACUAGUGAUAUAUAUUUCUUUUCGGAUGCGGAAGGUGCCAACGCUCAGGAAUCCGUAGGCAAGAAUAAAAGUGGGAAAAUACUUAGGCACGUUCAGCAAAAGGGAAAAGUCGGAUCGAAGAAAAAUUUAAAUGCUAGAAAACAAAGACGAGAGAGCGGUCUUCAUUUUGAGACGACGAGGUCACCAGAUGAUUCUUCCGUCAUGAUUGUUCAUCCGAGAUUUGGACCAAAAAUAAAAGGAGCAAAACGUUUGAAGCCCAUCUUACCCAAAACGGAUGAAGUCAACAAACAAACCAAAAAUGCAAUCGCACAAGAUUUAAUGUCGGCAAACGCUUUGUCGAAUUCUAUAGCUACGGGAAAUUUAAAUUUUAAUCAAUUAGGAAACUCUUAUUUUGUUCAGUCUAUACCAAAUUUUAAUUUAUUUACUGCUAACUCUCCCAUAAUUAGGAAUUAUAAUUCUAAGACGACGACGACGGCGGGGAAAAAUUUCGACGGAAACUUGCCUGGAAACAAUACCGAUUUGCCUUAUUCUGAAAAUGGCGAUUACGCUAUAGCAUCUUACGGCUCGAAAAUACCACCGAACGAAAUUAUAAUCACUCCCGGUGGCGGCAUUGUGCUGUCGGGAAAGGGAGUGGUUCCUUCAAAUGCUCAGAAUCCAUCAUCCGUUUGCUUCAACGGUUCCAACUCGAAUUUUUCUAUGGAAGCACCAAACGGUGACAUUGUGUACACUUCUCACGAGUCAUUGAAUGGAGUCCUCGAACCCGGAGUCAUUUAUCAAAAUAACAACAAAAACCUGAUUCAGCCGCUGUCUUGUUCCAAUUCUAACGCCGCCUUUUAUUUAAAAAGACCGGAAUCUAUGUCCACGUCUCUCAAGAGCGCCGUAUCGGACGUUUCCCUGUCGAAUCCCGACAUAAGUUCAAAUGGAAAUUUGAAAAUGAAUAAUUCUAAAACUCAAUCAAACUGCAAUACUUCGACAGACAUCAUCGUAUCGGAAAAAGCAUUGGAAGGAGAUUGCCUAGUGACGGCAGAAACAUCAGCGACGAGUAGUUUCAAAGGCAUUUCCAAAUUGGACUGCAUACCUAGCAUACCGGUUGCGAAAAACGUCAACGACUUGAUCAUGUUAAAAAACAAAACGAUUUUAGAACUUCGAAAUGUCGAAAGGGAAAAAGAAUCGAGUCGAUCGAACUCGUUAACGAACGCAUCGAGUAGGCACUUGCAGGGAGUGCCUAACAUUUUGAGAGAAACUAAUUUGACUGCCGACGAAAAGGUGAAAUUGGAAAAAUUUCAGAAAAAAUCGAAGAAGAGGAUUUUGAAAAACGUUCGACACGUUUUCGGUUCGAGUUCCGAUUUAACAUUUUCAGAGCCGGAGUCGAGUAACGGUGUCGAAAAGGAAGAUGUUAAAGAAUUGUACAAAACGAUCUCUUGCGAGCAAUUGAAAAAAUCCGCUCAAUUCGUAGAAAGUAGUCCCAAAGUUCUUUUGCAGUUGGGAAGCGAGCCCAUAACAAUAUCGUAUUCGUUGGCUCCCUACGAAACUGCGAGCAUGUUAUUAGUUACUAAAAAAGAAAAACUAGAAGAGAAAUUAGACAGAGAAGAAUGGGAUGUGUUGAACCGUUCGCCCGAUGUCAAAGGAGCCGUAGACGUCUGUAGAUUUUCCAAGGAAAACGAAGAAGCUUUAAAAGAAUUGGGAUUGGAUUCGGAUUUGGAACAGACGAAAUCGGACAUGGACGCAGAGUCGCCGGUCAAAAAUGCCAAAAACGACGAAUUAGAAUUAAAUUAUGUGAAAAGCAAUUCGUCAAAGAUGGGUAAGAAAACGGUUGCGGGUGGUGAUGAGGCGAACAACGUAUUAAAGGAAAUGCCCGUAAGAAAAAUGACCAACUGUUAUGGCUCAGGGGAAAGUUUCAACACGUCUCCGAAUAAUAGGAUCGGCGUGAAAAGUUUACUGGUAUUGAAAAACAGCGAUUACUUAUCGGUAUCACCGUCUAAACCCCCGACAGUAAUCGAUAAGCUUUUGGAAAAAAAUAAAUCGUUGAAAAGAGCCGAACAGGAAGGAAAGUCGUACAAUCAAAAUUAUAGGGAUUUAUCGGAAAAUUACGAAAUGAUGGAAGUUCGACCGCGGAAAACGUUUAGGGAAUUGAGGACGAGAAAAUUUAUAAAAGGUGGAGGAGGAGAUUCGAGGCGUGGAUCUCACAAGAAAUACAUUGUCGAGGAUCAAAAUUGUAAAAUAUACGGUCGGAGGGGUUCCAAUCCGGAAAUGUAUUCGAGCAAUUACCUGAUGGUCAACAGUCAAAUCUCAAACGAAAACGUUCCUCUGAGAAGAAUAACCGAUCCCGAGGGUAGAAAGUUUCAAAGGAGAGGUUCGAUGGAUUUCGAUUCGAUGCAAAAAGUACUCGAUCGGAGGUGUUCGUUGCCGACGGUUUCGUCGGAUCCGACGAAAUUGUCGAGAAGUUUAGAAGAUGUAAAUAAAUUAAAGACUGAAAAUGUAAAAACGAUCGUCAUAAGUUCGAGCAAACCCCUGUCGAGCAGCAAAAGCAAGGGAAUGGAAAAUCAUCAACCGAGAGUGAUCAACAUCGUGACGAGCAAUAACGGUUUGAAAAAGGGGAAAAACCUCAUGGAAGAAAUAGGUUUGGGAUUGAAUUCGACGACGACAGAUGAUGAUGGCGGCGGCGGCGGCGGCGGCGGGUACGUGAACGGGGAUAACAAAUCCGGGAGAAGAGCAUCCGUGGAAAGUUCGAAUUCGGAAACGGAAAAUUUACAAAAAUUACUAGACGGUUUAUCCGAUGUGAAUUCGGAGGAUAAGCUAUCGAGAAGAAGUCAAGUGCCUUAUUACGAAGGGAAAAGGAAUUCGAUGAGAGAAGACAAAAUGAGGGUCUCGAUCGAGAGGAGGAAAAGUUUGGAUGAGAAAGAAAAGAAAAAUGUCGUCAUCGAAGAGAGUCCAGAAGAUUUGGUGACUAAGGAAACAAUACUAAGUGCCUUGGGUUUGCAAUCGUUAAAAGCAGCUGCGGAAAAUGCUAAGAAAAAGAGAGAAAAUCAAAAUAAUAACCUUUGUCAAACGGGAAGCGGAGGAGGUGGUUACACGGGAACUCUUAAAGCCGUUAUUAAAAUUCAAAGGCAGGAAAAAAAAGGAAGUUCUAAAAGUCCAAUCAAAAUGGUAUACAAAGCUUCGAGUAGCAGUUUUUCGGUUAGCGGUCAAUUGGAAGAUUUUAAUAAUUUUGACGAAAGCGAAAUCACUUCGAGAGAGGACGCUGAAGAGAGUACUUCCGAAGACAAUAAAAACGGAAAUGGUAAAGCUAAAUCGUUGGUGAUACCGGAAAAAGCAUCAUCAUUUUCCAUUCAUCCGGGACGAAUGUGUUCGGAUGUGUGCACGUAUUGUUUUGGAAAAUUCGGUUUGUUGGAUACUCCCUGUCACAUAGCUCAAUUGAAAGAUGCGGAUAAGAGGAGAAAUAUUUUAGCAAGUGAAGUUCAUUUGACUGCCGAUUCGUGCCUUUGCGAUGCGUGUUUUCGACACGUUGACAAAAAAUCAAACUGCCCCACUUUCACGGAAAAGAAAAGCGACAUUCGAAGGAGAUCCGUUCGGAAGCAAACGUGCAUCGUACAAAAUUGCAACGCGGAAUCGCAACAAAGCAUACGCCGAAGAUUAUUUUUGAAACUCAAAAAAUCCGUCGGACGUAAAAUUGUUUUGGAUGCUGGAAAAUUGGAAAAACUUCAACCGGGUCAAUCGUUGACUUUUUGUAAUAGGCACAUGUAUUGGAUUGAUUAUUUCAUGAGUUGUGGGAUAUGUAAAAAACGUUUGACGAGCGUUAACAUGUAUCGAGUGACGUCAGAAGUUUUGGAAUUGAACGCUGCCCUAAGUUCAGAUGAGAUACCGGCCAUUUUAACGGAAAAUAGAUUCCUGUGUAAAAUUUGCAAUUGUUUUGCAUCGAUUCGUAUGAAGUGUAAAAAACCAUCGGAAAUGUCUUCGAGUCACCGUCAGUUUUACGAAACUUGCAGAAAAAGAAUAUUAAAAUGUCACGGAAUGGAAGUACCCGAUUCGGAAGCGGAAGGAGAUGCUAAAAAUAACAGCGAGGGUAAAUCGUUGAGAAGAGCGAAGAGAGCAUCCAAACCCACGUCGACGGUGACAAAUGAAAAUUCAAAAUCGGAUAACGACAUUGAAGUUUCGAUGGAGGAAAUGGACAAGACGAACGAGAGUGAAAAAAGUGAAAAAGAACUCAAAAAAGUUAGUCAUAUGAACAUACCGCCGAAAACGAACGGGAAUUUGGAUUUCGGCGGCGUGUCCAUAACGCCGUCCGCGACGGAAGUGAAUCCGACUCAGAUUCACGUCAAGCUGGGCAAUCUGAACAUCGGGGCAUUGGGAAAUUUAAACAUUGGACAAGACGUGCGUCACGGACCGUCUCGCUCCGGGGAAAUCCAUUGUUUUCCGACGGAAACGGAACUUGCUCUCCGUGCUCACUUCGAUUUGAAACCGUCGGCGGAAGAUGAGAGCGCCAAAAGCGUUAGGAAGGGUUUCGAGAAGUGCACGACGACCAUACAGUUCAAUUCGGAAACGAAAAAUUUGUUUUAUAAUUUACAAAUGCCCUACGGAAAUCAAAGUAGUUUUUUCAGACAUUUAAUUUUAUUAGAAAAAUAUUUUCGAAAUGGUGACUUAGUGAUAUCUAAAAACGCGGAUCCCAAAGCAAUUAAUUACAUAUCAAGUGUUCAAAACCGUAUCAGGUCCUACGAGGGAAUACACAACAAUCCUUCGAAAAAACUACCGGAAAUAUCUCCUAGUUUAAGUAUAUUGCCUCAGCCAAUCAAGGUGGAAUCGAGAACUCAGGAUGUUAAACCAAGUGUUAUGCCUUGUCGACCUUUCACACUCACUCCCAUGCCUUCCAGUUCGUCUUACUACAUGAAAAACUCACCGCUGAGUCAGAUACAAGCGGCCGUUCAAAGCAUACAACCCGUCGGUCAAAAGCAAAAUCAAGGAAUCAUGACUUCGUUGUUGAAAUCGUCGCUUCAACAGUCUUCGUCGAAAUACGGGAAUCAUCCCAAGCCUGAGGUAUCCAUAACGAGCGUAUCGACGGAUGCGAGUCCUCCCAUCCGAGUCGGCACUCUCGGAACGACCGGGAAAGCAUCCGUUUUAACGUCGAAAAUACAAGAGAAUUUGAGGAAUUUGGCAUCGUCGAAAAAUAAUCAAUCGAGUCAAGCGAGAGCCGUCAUACUGAACAGGACGGUUGAGGGUCAAAAGCAAAGUUUCGUUCAAGUGACGACGGGAAAUAAAACGAUACACCUCACUCUGUCACAAUUCAGGCGAAUCCAACAAAUGCAAAUGAGGAAAAAACAAUAUUUGGAACAUCAAGCCAAAAUGCUCAAGGGUAAAGAAGAUUCGUCGGGUAGGACGAGGUCGAAAGGAGGAGGAAACGAAGAGGGUUUCAAUUUGAAAAAUCUUUCUCCCGCGUUGGAAAUACAAGAAAUCAAACAACAACAACAGCAACAGCAAAAGACGAACGGAAACGAUUUGUUUCCUCUCAUAAGCGAAGUGAGGAGUCUCGUGGGGGAAAAUGUGAAUUGGGAUGAUGCGAAAAGUGAUGGAAACGAUGAAGGACUCAACGAAUCAUUUCCUAAAAUACCCAAAGCGUUGUCGGUGUCGGUUACGAAAAUAUCUCCGGAUUAUUCCGCGAAAGAACAAUCGAUUGAAUCAGUUGAAUAG